UACGGAUUCUUCAAGCAGGUGUCUUUGUCUUUGUCUAGCUAAUUGUGUUUCCGUACGCAUUGUCCCCCCCUUUCUUCACUAUUAAUAGCAGUGACUGUCUCUUUGAAUCCAUACAAUGAUGGGGGAUAUAUAUCCGGCUUCUCUCUCUCUCUCUCACACAUCCAUCAUCAUACGUCUCCCACCUCCUUUAUGUCAUCCUCCCACUCCAUCCAUCCUCAACCCAUCCAUCUCAAAGACCCCAUGGGGCCCAAGAACCCCCAACCAUCCAACUAACAUCUUUAUAUUAUAUACCCGAUACAACAAUAUAACCACAGAGCCAAGAUACUUGGAACAAACGCUCUAUUCCAGGAAGGAAUACUCCAUCCAUUCAUCCAUCCAUCAAAGUAAGACGUGAGGGCAGCGGCGCGUCUAGUGAUACUGUCUCACCGUCUGCCUGUCUGCCUGUUUACUUUGUUGGGGGCAUGGGGUAUUCCUACCCAUCUUAGUUCUAACUGGAUAGACAAAGAUCGUGAGAGAGGCGAGAUGCCAUACUCAGAAACCAGAUAUUAAUCA